CCCGAGGAUCUCCUCGCUGGGCCCGCUAGGCUAUUCCAUCUGGUGACGAGAGUGGUCUUCUUUCCCGUGCCCCUACAGACCAUCUCACCUGCGUUUCUCCGCGUCGAGCUUCGUUCUCCGCGUCCGAGCCUGCCCGUGCCUCGAGGCCUGCGCACACGUUUUUCUGCGUUCGAGCAUUGCGCUCCGCGUUUUCCGAGUCUAUCCGAGCCCCCUGUGUCCUAUCGAGCCUUUCUGCUUUGUGUUGCAUUUGUGUCUUUCUGCGUCAUCUUGCGUUGCGUUUGCGUCCAUCUGCGUGGCCAUCGUUGCGUAUAUUCCCAGCGAGUUCUAUCGAGCCUUGCGCGUCUUCCCGCGCCUGCCACACCUCUUCACAUCACGCCUUGCGACGAGCCUCGCCGACUUCGCCAUGCCUCGCACGUUUACGCUGCCGGACGGACGGCAAUUUACAUCAAAAAUCGAAAUCCCACAGAAGUUCUCCGAUGCACUGAACAUAUAUCGCUCUUUACACGAUCAUAACCCCGUUGUUGCUGAGACCGCCCUCUGGACCAAUCUCCUCGCGCUUUUUCAAGAUCACCUCUCAGCACAGGGUACACCGACGAAUGCUGCACUCGAGACCCAAUACAAGGCAGGGCGCAUCGCUGGUGCAGAGGCCGAGCGCGGGACCUGGGAGUCGGAAGGACAUGCACGCGCUGCCGAGUACGGUCGUUGCCGCGACUACGACGUGGGAUACUGCGCAGGCUACGACGCAGGUCAUCGCUCUGGGAAGGCGCUCGGCGUGCAAACAUGCGGUGUUCUCUGGAACAUGAUGCGAGCACGCGUCCUGGUCCCGUGCGCGGACCAACCCCACGUCGACGUCGCACCUGCUCGCAUAGAGUCUGCCGUGCAGACUUCGCCCCACGAGGAGCCCUCUACCACGUCCGGCGUUAGUUUCAAUGGCGUAGACUGGGCCUCCGAUGCGGAUGCACAUCUCCCCGUCAUCCCGCCACCUCCUCGAGAUCUUUCGUGCUUGUCGAGCGGCACCUCCCGACCAUUCGCAUCGCUCAACCGCCGCCGACGCGGUGCUCAGGCUCGUUCGCGCCCACGUCGCCGACACGCAGGAGCCGCUUCGCGCCGCUGGCCGGAGUCGCGGUUGCCACAAAUAGGUGGAACUUCGUUGGAUUGGGUACACGACCCAAGGUUGCAGGACUUAUCGCGCGCUCUUCAUGCGCUGGGCUGGGUCAGGAGUAGCUUGACGUCGGGUUCUUGCUGGUCAGGGUUUGCUGGCGACGAGGGCGUCGCCACGCGUGAGGGGGGAACAUGGAACCGGGAUACCGGGACGUAGUCCCGGUUCCGACGCCUACAUAGCGCUUAGACACACGUGUAUCCCUAGCAUUAUCCAGCUCUGUGCCACCACCAGGCCGUCGCCCCGAGGAUCUCCUCGCUGGGCCCGCUAGGCUAUUCCA